AGACAUGUUAUCCUUUCCUGAAUUGAAGGGUAAGAAUCUCUUCUCUUCUCUUACAAAAAACAAAUUAAAGAGAUAACACAGAGAAUAGAAUAUAAGACUCCACUCGUACGUAGGCUAAGCACUGAGGAAAGAAAGAAAACAUGUUGAUGAAAAGAGAUGUUGAAAGCGGUGGGGAUGGCAAUGCCAAUCCCAGGCCACUCUACCCCGCCAUGCUUGAGAACCCUCAACUCCGUUGGGCCUUCAUUCGCAAGGUCUACACCAUCCUCACCAUUCAGUUGCUCCUCACCAUCGCCGUCGCCUCCGUCGUCGUCUUCGUUCGCCCCAUCGCUCUUUUCUUCGUUUCCUCCCCCGGAGGCCUUGCUCUUUACAUUGUCCUCCUCAUUGCUCCAUUGAUAACUGUGUGUCCGCUUUACUAUUACCACCAGAAACACCCUCUGAAUUACAUCCUUCUCUUCAUUUUCACCGUUACGUUAGCCUUUGCGGUUGGAUUGACUUGCGCCUUUACUAGCGGGAGAAUUAUUCUGGAAUCUGUGAUAUUAACUACAAUAGUGGUGGUCAGCUUGACUCUGUACACCUUUUGGGCCGCAAAAAGAGGACAUGAUUUCAACUUUUUGGGCCCAUUCUUGUUCGGAGCCUUGCUAGUUCUUAUGCUCUUUGCCUUUAUACAGCUUCUGUUUCCUCUGGGUAGGAUUUCUACGAUGAUCUAUGGGGUCCUGGCAUCAAUCAUAUUUUCUGGAUACAUCAUAUAUGACACAAACAACCUCAUCAAGAGAUACACCUACGAUCAGUACAUAUGGGCUUCGGUCGCCUUGUAUUUGGAUGUCAUCAACCUCUUCCUUUCUCUGCUUACUAUUUUUAGAGCCGUUAACUAAGGACAUAAUUCUAGUAGCAUAUAUUCCUUGCCUUGGUACAUGUGUUUGCUUUAAGGAGAGCUAGAAUGUCAUGUCAAAAGAUACUUCUUUAUGAAAUUAUCUCUUGAGUAAUUCCUUGUAAUUGUCAUCUUGUCGAUUAAAAGAUGGAAUUUUGCAUUGAAUUGCAAAUAUACAUGUCAUCUUUAUGCCUUUCUUCA